AUGUCUUCGCCGCCGGUGCUCAGCACACCCUUGACCAAGCUUCUGGGCAUCAAGCACCCCAUCAUGCUCGCAGGCAUGGCCCGUACAUCUGGCGGUCCACUGGCUGCGGCAGUGUCUAAUGCCGGCGGAAUCGGGACGAUAGGAGGACUCGGGUAUACCCCGAAACAGCUACAAGAGAUCAUCGACGAACUCAAGUCGAAUCUAACAGACAAGUCACUUCCCUUCGGCGUCGACCUCGCACUCCCACAGAUUGGCGGCAGCGCACGCAAAACCAACCACGACUACACACACGGCCAACUCGACGAAUUGAUCGAAGUGACUAUCAAGAACGGCGCAAAGAUCUUCGUCAGCGCAGUCGGUGUCCCCCCAGCACACACGAUCAAACGUCUUCAUGAGGCAGGAAUCCUGGUCAUGAACAUGGUCGGCGCUCCCAAGCACGCGGAGAAGGCACUUCAGGCGGGCGUAGAUAUCGUUUGCGCGCAGGGCACAGAAGGCGGAGGCCAUACAGGCGAUAUCGCCAACAGCAUCCUCAUCCCCGCCGUGGUGGACGUUGCACGAAAAUACAAAAGCCCUCUGACUGGUGAACCUGCCCUGGUCGUAGCCGCUGGUGGUAUCUACGACGGCCGCAGCCUCGCGAGCAGUCUGAUGCAAGGCGCCGCAGGCGUCUGGGUAGGCACCCGUUUCGUCGCGGCGGAGGAGAGUGGUGCGAGUAGACUGCACAAAGAGGCCGUCGUCAGCGCCGAUUUCACAGAUACGAUCCGGACGAUCGUGAUAUCUGGGCGACCGCUCCGAGCCAAGUUGAACGACUAUGUCAAGAAGUGGGAGGAUCAGCCGCAGAAGAUCAAGGAGUUGACGGAUAAGGGUAUAGUGCCUUACGCUUAUGAUUUGGAGAAGGAUAAUGAGGUCGACAUGCCGUUCCUGAUGGGCCAGGUCGCUGCUAUCAUCAAGGAUAUUAAGCCUGCAAGGCAGGUUGUCGAAGAGAUGGUCGCAGAGGCUGUAGAGAUGCUGAGGUUGGGUAACACAUAUAUCGCAGGUCCGCGGAGUAAACUAUAA